UCCUGCUGCAUUGCAAGCCCAACGGUCCCCAGAGCGCAAUUACAUGUCAAGAGGAAGGCGGAAGGUCACCCGCUCUCCGGAGGCCCAACUUCGUCGAGUGGUUUAUAGGGUUCCAGUCAAGGUCAACAUGAGGAGCAGGAAUAUUCGCAGGCACAAGAAUCAGGUACCACACAGCCAGGAAGCAAGAUUGAGAGCACUUCGAGAAGAGACUUGCUUGGAAGAGAAGACAGUAGUACCCCUCCAGGCUCCUAAACUUUUUUCCGGGGUUGAGCCAGCUUGUAAAAGUAAUCAGUUUCUAGGACCUGAAGGAAAUGUGGAUAUUGAGUUGAUUGAUAAGAGUGCAAACGGAUACAGCGUCCACUUCCCCAUGGCUGGCUUCUAUCUAUGGCCAGCGACACACCUUGGCUUCUUGGUACAGCAAGCAGUGACCAUGAGGAUUGCGUUCGAUUCUUGGGGUCAGCAUCUGGACCUGAAGUUACAGCACGAGGAGCAGUGGAUGGUGGCAGGCCCUUUGUUUGAGGUCUCCGUGGAGCCCAAGGGGGUCAUCACUGAAAUCCCCCUCCCCCACAUCAUCUCCCUCCCAGCAAAUGAGGUCAAUAUCUCUUGGUUCCAAGUUGCCCAUUUUAAGGAUGAGGGGAUGGUCCUAGAGCCGCCAGCCCGAGUGAAGCCUUUCUGUGCAGUCCUGGAAAACCCCAGCUUCUCUCUGAUGGGGAUCCUGCUGAGAAUCGCCAGUGGAACCGGUGUUUCGGUCCCCAUCACUUCCACGGUCCUGAUCUAUUAUCACUUCCACCCUGAAGAUACUAAAUUUCACUUGUACCUUAUCCCCAGCGACUCCUUGUUAAUGAAGGCAAUAGAUGAUGAAGAAGCUAAGUUUCAUGGUGUGCGUCUGCAGACCUCACCCCCAGUGGAUCCCCUGAAUUUUGGUUCCCGUUAUAUUGUGUCCAGUUCACCUCAUCUGGAAAUAAUGCCCAAGGAGUUGAAAUUAUCCUACAGGAGUCCUGGAGAAAUCCAGGUAUUCUCUAAAGUCUAUGCUGGGAAGAUGGAGGAACCAAUUGUACUUAACGUCACUGACAAAAGACACAAGACUUUGGUCUGGCACACUCUGGUGAAGCCAGACUUCGCCACCUCCCUAUCGCUGCCCCCACCCCACUUAGUGCUGCGAUCUUCACCCUUCCGGCCAGGUACACUGCGGUUCACGGGAGCCUCCCUUCACCGGGGGAACUCCGGGCAGAAGCGCCUCCGGUCGCCCCAACGUGCGUGCGUGGCGCAUUUCCGGUAG